AUGGCGGCAUCAUCCAGCUCAUACAACUCCCCUUGUGCUGCUUGCAAGUUCCUAAGGAGAAAAUGUCUUCCUGGCUGCAUUUUCUCACCUUACUUCCCACCCGAAGAGCCGCAAAAAUUCAUCAACGUCCACAAAAUCUUUGGCGCUAGCAACGUCACUAAGCUCCUCAACGAACUCCUUCCGCACCAACGAGAAGACGCCGUCAAUUCUUUAGCCUACGAAGCCGAGGCAAGAGUUAGAGACCCCGUCUACGGCUGCGUAGGCGCAAUCUCCUUCCUCCAACGCCAAGUCGAGCGCCUCCAAAAGGAGCUGGACGCGGCUAAUGCGGACUUGAUCCGCUAUGCUUGCAAUGAGUUCACAUCUUCCCCCGUUCCACCUUUACCUGUUCAUCAUAACAUCACUCUUCGUCAAAGAUCGGUUGAAUUAAUUACUAGAAGACCAUCCGGAGGUGGUGGUGGUGGUGGUGGUUUUUAUCAAACAUCUAGUUAUCCGAUACCGUAUUCUUACCCUAAUUGGAAUGAUCAUCAAAACACUACUGGAGAUUAUCAUCAACAUAUCCAUGGAGGAGGAGGAGGAAGUAUUUGA